AUGGACUUCCCCUCAGACACAGCAAAAUCCAGCGAAUACGCAGCUCUCAAAGCGUUCCUCAACGACGAAUCUUCGCUUGAAGAAACAGUCGACAACUUCAUCUCAACCCCCGACUCCUCAUCCACCGAAGACAAACUGCUGCGUUCCUGGGACGCACUCGGUCUCACCGCCUCACAAACACCCGCCGACUCGCCAUCGCAAGAAAAACUCGUCUCCUUCCUUACCGCCCUCCGCCAACGCGACACCAACGUCGGUGACGUAGAGGGCAAAACAGUCUCUUGGUCCACACUCCCGCUUUUCGGCCGACAGAUCCGCGAGCAUUGGAAUUAUGAUGAGAGGGCUGCACAGAAGGAUGCCGAGACCGCGCGCAGUUGGGCCAACGCAAAUGCCUUUGCUGCACGCGUCACAGCUACUGCAUCGGCGUUUGACUCUUCAGACCCCUUGGACUUUUCCUUGUAUGCGAUAUGGGCGCUGAGAGCGGCGUUGGAAGACAAGGACGAUGUGCCCGAGGCUACGGUGGCGGCGGCCGCUAUGUGGAUUCUGUAUGCUGGCGAGGUGUUGAGGAAACAAAGUAAAGAGCAGAGGAGUUAUGAGGGCAAGGUUGCACAGGCUGGAAACAAAUACCCGAAUAAGGAGUGGAACGGCUUCGAAAUGGAUAGGUGGAGAUCGUGGAAUAACAGAUUCGCAAACAUCAGUGAGGUCUCGCCGUACAAGGAGAUCAAGGACAUCGCGAAAAAGACGAAGAGGCAUAUGGGUGAUCUCGCCAAUUGUUGA